CGGGCCGGUGGGGAAGCCUGAAGAGGGCGAGGUGGAGGAGGAAGGCCCCUAAGCGCGGGCGGGGAGGUUGGACUGGUGCUACAACCCUUUGGGCGACAGGGCCUACGGUCUUGGCGGGCUUAGCUCGGGAAGAACCCGUGUGUGGCGAGCUGCAGGAUCUUCCAGGCCAGCUGGGGUCCGGGUCGGUUCAACAGAUGUUCCCUGAGCAGCGCCUGUUCUGUGCCGGCCCCUGCGUUCGCUGCGGGAACUGAGAUGAACCAGGCACCUUUUCGUGGUGCUUUUCGGAGGAACUGACUGUUGGGGAGACCGAAGGAGGAGUCAACAGCGGUCUUAAGUGAUUUGGGGGCUUAAAGGAGCCACAUCACUAGCUGAAAAGAGGACCUGGAAGCGCAAACAUAACAUGUGCAAAAGUGUAUUCGGGUCUUCUUGUCUGGGCAGUGGUGAAAAUCUCAAUAUGGAAGGAGCUCAGAUGAAAAAUCGAGAAAAGAUAACGCCUUAAAGAUGAUUGUGACCAUGGCUGCUGAAUCCGAUGUCCUGCAUUUCCAGUUUGAACAGCAAGGAGAUGUAGUCUUGCAGAAAAUGAAUCUCUUGAGACAGCAGAAUUUAUUUUGUGAUGUGUCAAUUUAUAUUAAUGACACCGAGUUCCAGGGGCACAAGGUGAUUUUAGCUGCUUGCUCCACUUUCAUGAGAGAUCAGUUUUUACUUACGCAGUCAAAACAUGUCAGAAUCACCAUCUUGCAGAGUGCAGAAGUUGGCAGAAAACUGUUGCUGUCUUGCUAUACAGGAGCACUUGAAGUUAAAAGGAAAGAGCUUUUGAAAUAUUUGACUGCUGCUAGUUACCUGCAGAUGGUUCACAUUGUGGAAAAGUGCACAGAAGCUUUGUCAAAGUAUCUGGAAAUUGAUCUUUCUAUGAAAAAUAACAAUCAGCAUACUGACCUGUGUCAGUCCUCUGAUCCAGAUGUUAAAAAUGAAGAAGAAAAUUCAGAUAAAGACUGUGAGAUAAUUGAAAUUUCAGAAGACAGUCCCAUAAACGUAGAUUUUCAUGUAAAAGAAGAAGAAAGCAAUGUUUUACAGUCUACAGCAGAGUUGACAUCAGAGAGGAAGGAAAUGAAGUCACCAGAGCUGUCUUCAGUAGAUAUUGGUUUUAAAGAUAAUGAAAUUUGUAUCCUCCAUGUGGAAUCUAUCAGUACUGCCGGUGUAGAAAAUGAGCAGUUUUCACAGCCUUGUACCUCUUCAAAAGCAACCAUGUAUUUCUCUGAAACACAGCAUUCACUGAUCAAUUCUACAGUUGAGAGCAGAGUGGCAGAAGUUCCUGGGAAUCAAGAUCAGAGCUUAUUCUGUGAGAAUACUGAAGGAAGUCAUGGUACAGUGAAUGAGAUUCAGAACCUGGAGGAUGCUUAUUCACUGAGGCACCAGUGCCCCAGGUGUCCCCGAGGAUUUCUUCACGUUGAAAACUAUCUGCGCCACCUUAAGAUGCAUAAACUGUUCUUGUGCUUACAGUGCGGGAAAACAUUUACACAGAAGAAAAAUCUCAACCGGCACAUUCGAGGGCACAUGGGCAUACGGCCCUUUCAGUGCACUGUGUGCUUGAAGACCUUUACUGCCAAAAGCACACUUCAGGACCACUUGAACAUACACAGUGGAGAUCGCCCAUACAAAUGCCACUGUUGUGACAUGGAUUUCAAACACAAAUCUGCCCUCAAAAAGCACUUAACCUCUGUCCAUGGCAGAAGUAGUAGUGAAAAACUACCCAGGCAUGAUCUCAAAAGGCAAAAUCUACUAUAAUUAGAACCACACCUUGCUAUGUAAGCCUUGUAUCGUUCUGUUAGGCAAGUUUUUCUCUAGAAAUGCAGCAGUAUAGUUAUACUGCAUUCCCCUCCUCCCCCAUCUUUGGGUCUUAAUUUUGGUCUGCCUACACGUGUUAUUCUUUCUGAACUUCUACUAACAGUUCCAAAGUGUGGGAGACAUGAUAAAGCUAAUGGGAUGCUGUCUUAUCUCAUGUAUUAUAUGUAAGUCCCAGUGGUAUAACUAGAGAAAUAAUGUUCCUGUCUUAAAUAUUCUUGAUUCCAGUGACAGAGGAUCCAGCAGUAUUUCUAGGUUCUGAUUUUGAGUCUCUAGAUAAAUGAUACAAAUGUAAAAUCCCAACCAUAUAAUAAUUUUUAGGAAUUAGGAUAACAGGAAGAGAAAAUAACUUAAAAAAAACCGCUAUGAUCCAUUAUUAGUUCUUUGUAGAACUAGUGAAAUAUAUAUAUAUAUAUAUAUGUAUAUGUGUGUAUA